AUGUGUCGCGUCGGCCAGCCGCGCCACGCCCGCGCCUUCACCCCGCUGUUGUGGUGUCGUUCCCUCACCACCGCCGCACUAUGCUUCGGCCGCCGUCGUCAAUCCUUCGCCAUCAGUCCCCAGUCCACUAGCAGCGGAAGCCUGGAUGUCGAGGGCAUGGCGCUGGCUGACUACUUCUUCGGCCCCGAGUUGGACGACUUGAUGCAGUGGCUGGGCGACGGCGACGUCGGCCGGAAGGGCACGCUGCCAACUAAGAAGGAGGCCAGGGAGACGAUGCCGACGGUGGAGGUGACCGCCGGCCACUCCGCAUCCGCCUUCGCAACUGCCUCAACCGUCUGUCGUGAGGACUACGCCGUUGGCGAGCACGCCACGGGGACGCCCUACAGGCACAGGUUCCACGCAAGUGCAUUGUGCCAUGGCUGA